AUGAAGCAGCCUCAGUCCACAGGGAUCUCACAUAAACUCAACAUGAAGGGACCUCUGGCUGUUUAUCUGCUCACAUUGUUUUUCCUGCUGUCAUCUGCAGAUCUGCUGAACCUUUGCCUGAACAACGAUGUGAAAAUGGGUGCACCGAGUUGUUUAACUCCCACGGAAAAUGAUAAAGGAUUUCAACCAAAAGACAAUGAACACCAGUACCUCGCUGAUCUUCUGCAGGGGAAGCGAGUAACUCGACUGGAACACUGGACGUAUUCGAGACCAAUACAACCAAGACGAGUUUCUCCAACUUCACUGAAGCCGACAACAGCUGAGUCACAGAGAAGGACAGAACAUGGAGUUCAAGAAUGA